GUGUAAUUCAAUGAGAUUCAAAAAAUAAUAAUAAUAAUAAUAAUAAUUGUAUAACCUUUUUUUGAUUAAGUAAUUCGACUAUUGCUGCUACUAUUCCUCCUCUGCAUGGUUACUUUGGCUGUAAAGUGCUGAUGAACAUAGAUUGAUUGUUAAUCAUUGAUAUAAUUUUGUGAAGGGUGAUGAAGUGGUGGAUGAAGUAAACUCAUGGGUUAAGAAUGAAACCAAAGGGCUUAUACAAGGGAUCCUAGACAGUAGUGAAGAUCUUGAUAUGCUCAAAGUUAUCCUUGCAAAUGCUCUUUACUUCAAAGGAACUUGGGAUCCUAUCUUUGAAGUCAGCAAUACUUCUGAUAAAAACUUUUAUCUACUCAAUGGAGAAGAAGUCAAAGCUCCCUUCAUGUACCAGGGGUAUGGAUGGAAAUUAUAUGGAUCCUUUGAGGGUUUCAAGGUUCUCAGGUUGCCUUAUCAAAAUGAGCAAGAUCAACGGCGAUUCUCAAUGUAUAUCUAUCUCCCAGAUGAGAGAGACGGGUUAAAGAAUUUACUACAACAACUUAAUACCAAUCCUGAUGAGUUCUUAAAGCAUCAACUUAUGUUAAAACCAACAACAGUGAGCUAUUUUCGGAUUCCAAAGUUCAAGUUUUCGUGUCGUUUCCAAGUUUCACAGGUUAUGCAGGAAUUGGGAUUGAAAGAGCCUUCUAUAAUGCUUUGUUCUCCACACGGUCAAGAAUUUCCUGCAUCUGCAUCUAUUAAUCAUAAGGCAGUUAUCGAGGUUAAUGAAACAGGAACAGAAGCAGCUGCUGUUACUGAGUUAGAUUGUGGUUGUUGUUUAGAUGCUCCACCACCCGUACCAUUUGUUGCUGAUCAUCCUUUCGUGUUCAUGAUCAUGGAAGACAAGUCUAGGAUACCCCUUUUUGUUGGAGCAGUGGUUAAUCCUCUCUUGGGAUAAUUGAUGUUUGGUUUUUGUUUUUCUCAUUAUAAUUUUAUGGUAAGGGGAUGAUAGUAUUGUUUUAUGUGUUGCCAAUGAUUUAUGAAUUUAUUUCUUUAUUCUCUCUAAUGUUAUCAAACAAACAGUAUAUGAUUUCAUUUAAUAAAUCUUUUCCAAAUUGAUCA